AUGGCUAAGGCGAAGCAGCAGGAAAAGAAGAGGUCAACCAUCAGCGAGGUCGUCACCCGCGAGUACACGAUCAACCUUCACAAGCGUCUCCAUGGAAUCGGUUUCAAGAAGCGUGCUCCACGUGCCAUCGACGAGAUCCGCAAAUUCGCCGAGGAGCAAAUGAAAACCAAGGACGUGCGCGUGGACAUCAGAUUGAACAAAGCUGUGUGGGCCAAGGGCAUUAGAAACGUUCCCUACCGCAUUCGCGUUCGCCUUUCACGCAAACGAAACGACGAUGAGGACAGCCCGCACAAGCUCUUCACCCUCGUCACCUACGUCCCCUGCACCAACUUCAAGAAAUUGACAAACCAAAAUGUUGAUGGCGAGGAA